UGAUAUAGGUAUCACGUGACGACCCUUAAAUACUAUAUUUUUCUGAUCUUGCGACAGUCUUCGAAUAAUCGCCACGAAAGACACUUGUCGCAAUUGUCAGUUUGCAAAAGUUAUAGGAUAUUUUUAAAUUUUGCAGCUCAGAUAAAAUUUACUGAACGGACUUUGAAAUGGCUCGUGGAAGACCAAAAUCAGGCAAAAGUCGCCCAUCGUUGAGAACAAUUGAACGUAAACCAAUACGUCCUCUUGAACGACAACGUAUGCGUCCAUGGUUAAUGGAACUGCUCGACCGGAAUACUUGUCACCAGCUGGUAUGGAUGAAUAAAAAGGACAAGACCUUCCGUGUGUCAUGGAAACACGCAGCAGGCCAGACAUUCAAUGCUUCUGCAGACGCCACAUUAUUUGAGCGGUGGGCAGUACAUACCGGGAAGUAUUAUCCUGGCGAUCGUCCCGACCCUAAGAAAUGGAAAGCCAACUUUAGAUGUGCCUUGCAUAGCGUCCCGGAUGUGGAAGAGGACAAGUCGCUUGGUGUCAGGCGUGGUAAUAAUGCAUACAGGGUUUAUAAAUUCCUAGAUGAAAAGAGAAUAAGAAAACCAAGUGUAAAGAAGGAGAAAGAUGAGAAGAGUUCGGAUGAGGAGUUUGAAGAUGAAGAUUUUGCUUUGGUCAGAAACGUUGGAACAAAGUCAAGGCCGAAGAAAAUAUAUCAAGAUGACCUGGACAGUGAAGGGUCUGAGACUGGUUAUAGCCCGUCACACGAGAGCAACCACUCUGACUGGGAUCUCACAGAUUUCCGACGACAAGAUCACGAUACGGAGGCAGAAAGAUCACCAUUACCAAACUUUGAGGAACUAUGCCAAUCAUGUCCCAACAGUUUCACAAAUAUUAACCACAAAAAGGUGAAACGUGUGCCAUCCAUUCCUAACCUAGAAAUGCCAGCCGCGGAGACAACAAAUGCUGUACGAAGUUUGCACACAAUCGGGAAUGAGAUAAACAGCAGACAAGAGGAAGCCAUGGCUGACCACACCUACACAGAAAAUGAACAGUCAGUAGGAGAAUUAAUCCUUUUCUUAGAUUUUGAUUCAAAUGAUCCAGAAAUGGCAGUGAACUCCGAGUACAUGAACUGUUUUUGGAACUCUGUUAUAGACACGAACCUUGAUGUACAGGAGGAGGUUGUGACGUCAGGUGACAGUUUUGAUGGUCCAAGUGUGAUAGUCAUGGAAGAAGAAGAUCAUUCACACGACUUUGAAUACACCAGCUUAUCACAGCUAUAGGACUUGGCAGGAUCUUAACGUGAUUUAACAUUGUGACAGUGUAUAUACAAAUGUAGAUGUCUGCAAUCUAAAUGUCUUAACAUGACUAUAUACGAGAUUCGAGGCCGGGAGCUUUGAUGGAAAGACAGUGAUGGCCAGUGAUCAACCGGCAGCCGUGCGCGGGACGACAGUAGUGGUCGGUGACCUGCAGGUUUCAGGGAACGCGGAACGUCAGCCGUGGUCAGUCGGUCAGCCGUGGUCAGUCGUUUAAGCAAGCAUGGAUGAAUCAGAAAACAUACAGUGUUCUGUUUCAGUUAAAUAUAGGAGGUGUCUGAAUUUGUGAGUUAAAAUUCCAGAUUGUAUCUGAUACACCAAUGAGCAGGAAGCAGGGUGUACAUAUUUCCAACACAUACUAGUAACUGCCUUAUAUUGCUUAUAUGUGUGUAUUUAUCGGGGUUUUUUUAAUAGACAGUGCUUGUGUACUUGAACUGUGAGGACACAUAUUGAUAUGUCCGCCUUGAAGAUAAUGAACUUCUGCAGACACCUGAACGUCUGAAGGUUGAUGGACAAUGUCCAGAGAUACUUGUGAUGAUUACAGUUAUAAACAUGAAGAAAUGUUUAUAGUUGUUAAUAUUGUUGUGUUAGUGAAUGUUGUUAUUUAGUACAAUCACAUAUGUUGGUACAUAAUCU